AACACUGGAACUGGCAUUGUAAUUGUACUGCAACGUUUCAAGUCUGAACUGAAGGAAAUGAUGACAAUUAAACGCAACAGUUACUGUGAUUUCUACAAACAUGAUUCUUUGCGGUGACAUUUGUCUAUUUUUACUAUGGAAUUGCUUUUUUCUUCCUAACCAUGCUACGUGCAUGGACUUGGACGAUGAAGAAACAAAUUUCGAUAAACCCAGUCUGCCGAGAGGGCAUUUAAAGCCUCUUGGAUCACAUAAGGAAGCAAAUUUCAUCGACGAACUGUACGACACUCCAUCAGCUUGAUUUUGGAAUGAUUAUGUUAAGAUUUCAAAACCUGUUGUACAGGGUGCCGUUAAGGAGUCCAACGCAUUCAAACUGUGGACGAGCAAAUAUUUGGAUGAUACUUAUGGCAACUUGGAAGUAAGAUUAGAAAGUAAAGUAGAAACGUCAGGAAAAGUCCCUAUUGGGGCCAAAGGACUUGGAAGAGACACUAUUGGAAAUUUUGUUUCGAAAUACCAAGACAACGAUGCUUAUAUUAUUUCGGAGCUACCUACGCCAAUGUGGAAAGAUAUAUUGGUACCAUCAUGUUUAACAUGUGGCUCAUUUUUACACAGUUUCGUAGAGAUUGAUCUAUGGAUGAGUUCAAAAGGAAGCCAUAGUCUUCUACAUAAGGACGCGUUUAACGCCAUCAACUGUCUGUACAACGGAACGAAAGAAUGGAAACUCAUCGAUUAUAAAUAUGAGGCCAUGAUUUAUAAAGCUGAGGAGUCUGAGUAUGAAAGGGGUUUCUCAUUGAUAGAUGUACAUUCUGUGGAUCUAGUUAAGUAUCCUUUGUUGAAGGACGUUCCUUGGUCACACGUUAUCAUUCACCCUGGUGACUGCCUGUUUUUACCCAAGAGUUAUUAUCACCAAGUAAAUUCAUUUGGCAAUACCAAUGUUGCCGUGGCAAUCCUCUUUUCUCGUCUCGAUGAUCUCAAAGAGUUUAACAACACUGGAUGUGGCAACCAGACUUCAUCCCCUCUAUCUGAUAUGGACGUUGACUGGAAAUACCCUGGUUACGGAAAAUUAUCCAUGGGAAAUCCCUCUCUCGAGACCAUGAGGAACAACUUGAAAAUCACAUUGAAUAAAGAAAAAUACCCACACUCGCAAUCGUCUCUAACGAUGCUUGAGGAACUGCUUUUACUGAAGGGAGAUGGAAAGGCCUUGUUUAAAGAGGUUAAUGCCAAACUUAACAAGCCUGAGGAUAAUCAUAUCACAGAAGAAGACCUUGACUCACUAUCAAAAAAUGAUCUUCGUGACAUUUUUGUAGCCUUUGAACCCUACGAGCCGUCAAAUCAUUACACCUAUGAGUACUCCUAUAUUAAAGAAAAGGACAUCAGGUCAUUGCUUAAUAAGUUAAUCCGAUUAGAUGGCGGAGUUUAUCGUGAAAAAUGGGAAAAAUUAUAUCAAGAGGAUCUUGGUGGAACAAGAGCUUUUGCUUCUCAGUUGUUUGAAGGUUUCCAAUCGUCAAACAAGAGCAUGGCGUCCACUGAAGAAGUGAUGAAGAAUAUAAACACAGUUCUUGAACCAUACAUUUACUACAGAAAUAAAACUGCAUUUGACCUGAGAUCUCAUUAUGAUGCUGUUGAUGAUGAUUAUGACGAGGACGAUAGUGAGGUCAAUGACGACAGGAAGCAUUCUACCGAUAAUGAAUGGAUAUCGAUAGACCACCAUAAACAUCCCGUGAUAAAAGGUGAUGAUGAUGUACAUAAUUCUCACCAAGGUCAAGAUGAUAAAAGGGGAAGAUUCACUCAAUUAAGUGGUUACCAAGAAUCAGACGACGACAAUCUGGGAUAUAAGGACAACGAAAAACUAAAUGAUGGUCGUAAUGUCGAAUAUCAUUCUUUCCAAAAACUCGAGCAUCAUAACUAUCCUACACAUAAUGAAAAUGAGGAGGAAAAUUCUCAGAAAAAUGAACUGUGAUGUUUGUUGUAACAUAAUUUUUUGUUGUACAGUAGUUAGCCACGUGUUUAUUGUUUUAUCAACUAAAGUUUCGUCUAUUACUACAACUGUCACAGUACACCUACGCUUAUAAGAAUAAUUUGCUAUCUUCAGAAUACACUAACUUUUUGAAAAUCUUAAA